GGUGAGGCUGCAUAAGCUGGGACUGCUGCCUGCUCGUGUUAUUAACGAGGCAGAGGAUACAGAGGAUGGGGCGUUCACGGGGGGGUUAUACGCCUCUCCACAGCCCCAAUACCCCCAGCAGCAGCCGCAGCAGCAGCAGAUGGGAAUCAGCCCCACCCCGUCCUCCUCCACCAUUUCAACCACCACUGCUUCCACAUCAACCCUAGCAAUCACCAGCCCAGCAGCAGCUGCAGCGCGAAAGAAAGGAGCAGCAGGCAGCAGCGGGGGCGGCGGCGGCGGGCUGAUGCUCCGCUUCUCCCAACUCCUCCUCCUCGAUUCUGACGACGACUACUCCUACGGCGGCGCCAGCUCAGCGCAGCCCACAGAGCGCCAGGUGGCGGCGCGGCAGCGCACGGAGGAGGCGGUAGGGGCGUGCAGAAUCGAGGAUCUGUUUCGAUCAACGGCUGAGAGGCUGCAGCCGGAGGCACUGAUGCAUCUGGUGAGGGCGAUAGUGUGGGCUGCAGGGAGGCCGUUUAGGGGCGCGCUGGGGAUGGGGCCUGGGGGCGCUGGUGGGGGGAGUGCUGGUGGGGCGGGGGCGGGUGGUGCUGCUGGUGGGGGUGGGGUGGGGGGAAGAGGAGGCGGAGGUGGAGGAGGAGGAGCAGGAGGAGGGGGAGGAGGAGGGGGUGCUGGUGGGACCCCGGUGGGGGGGAGUGGAGGAGGGGUGGUUGUUGGCCCUCUCUCCCCUGACGAGGAGGACACUGCCGUUUUCUGUCUCGACCUCCUCUUAGUGGUAACCCUACGUAACCGCUUGCGUGUGCUGCUCAUCUGGCCGACCCUCUCCUCCCAGCUCGCGAUCAUCAUGCAGUCGGCCAAUGCCGGGCCGCCACCUGGCCCUCUGGUCGAACGAGCCGUCUUCGGCCUCCUCCGUCUCUGCCGAAAGCUGCUUCCAGAGGCGGACGAAACCCUAGCAGACGAGCUUCUGAGGUCGCUCCAGCACGUGUUGAGACUCGAUGCCAGGCUGGCAGACGCGCUCUGUGAGCGGAUCACGCGGGGCGUGCUGAGAAUCGUGCGGGAGGGCCGGCAGAGUGGGGCGCUGAGGAGAGUGAAAUCCCCCCCCGGGUGGAGAACCCUGGCUGCGCUGCUGGCUAUCACAGCCAGGCAUCCUGACGCUGCUGCUCCUGGCUUUGAAGCCUUGUCUUGGCUCAUGGCUCCCAUUCCCCCUGGUGGUGCUGCUCCCGGUUCUGUUCCUGCUGCUCUCGCCUCGGCAUUCUCUGGGGAUUUUGCUGCUGCUGGUGGGGCGGAGGAUUAUGGGGAGGUGUGCAUUGACGGGCCUCCCUGCAUCUCUCCUUGUAACUUCAUCCCCUUCCUCGAUGCGGCUCGGGAUUUCGCCGAGGCUCGGGUAGGAGGCUCGGACCGGUCCAAGCGGGCGCUGGACCUGCUGGGGUGCUUGAUUGACUGCUUGCUGGAGUGGAGGGCGGCAGGGGAGGUGGAGCAAGCAGCAGAGGCGGAACGAGCAGCAGCAGCAGUGGCAGCAGCAGCAGCAGUAGCUGGUACGGGUGAGGGUGAGAGUACGAGUGGUGCGCUACCAGGUGUGAAUUGCGGUGCAUUCUCCCCUCAACAGCAACCGCCCUUGUCAGCAGCAGCUGCUGCUGCUGCCGCCCUCUCUCCCCCUCAGAUGAGCCCCAUACCCGGUUUGGCAGCAGCAGCAACACCAGGAGGGGGAGGUGCAUCUGGAGCAGGUCGCUUCUCAGGCCAGGACCUGGCCGACCUGUGGCUGCGCCUGCUGCACGCGCUGCGCCGCGUGUGCUCGGACCAGCGGGAGGACGUGCGCAACCACUCGCUAGUCUGGCUGCAGCGCUGCCUCCUGGCCGCCGACCCCCUGCGCAUGCCCCCUCCCAUGUGGGCGCCCUGCUUCGACCAGGUGGUAUUCAUCCUGUUAGAUGAUCUUCUAGAGGUUCAUCUGAGGGAGAAGCCCAAGGAGUAUCGGGGCAUGGAGGCGUCGCUGCUGCGGGCGAUCAAGACGCUCUCCAAGGUGUUUCUUCAUUUUCUGGGCAGCCUGGCCUCGCUGCCAGGCCCGGGGUUCCGAGCCUUGUGGCUCGGCGUGCUGCUUCGGAUGGACCGGUAUAUGAGGGCUGGAGGGAGCGGGGGCGGUGGGGGGAGGAGAGGAGGGGGGGAGGAGGGGAGGGGAGAGGAGGUGGUGGGUCGGGUGAGUCUUUGAGAGAGAGUGUGGGGGAGGUGCUGAAGAACAUGCUCAUGGUGAUGCUGGCACAGGGGGUGUUACAGGUCACUGACGCAUCAGACACCGAGAGCCUGUGGAGCGCCACGUGGCGCGCUGUACAUGCCAUGCUGCCGCACUUAAAGCCCGAAACGCUCGUGCCACCUGCACUGGUUGCACCUGCGCCCACAGCGGCAGCGGUUCCUGCUGCUGCUGCAGGGAUGGAGGGGCAGCAAGCAGCCGCAUCUGCAGGAGGUGGUGCUGUUGGUGAUGGUGCGUUGGUAGCUGGGCAAUGACGCAGGGCUAAGUGCUAGGGGUGCCACUGGGUGCCACUGGGUGCCACUGGGUGCUGGGGUGAAUGUGCAGCUGCAGGCAGUGGUGGUGAUGGUAGUUUUGUCAGGUAGCUUCUGUUGGUUUCAGUAUGCGCUGUUGUGAGGCAAAUUGGCUGGGAAAGUAAGCAGCACUGCAGGAUGGACAAAGCAAUCUGUGCUACAGGAAUCAGGUACUAAUUUUCAGGCUAUGACAUUUUUUUUACCAUGGGAUUUUUGCUGGUGGUACUUGGAUGUGGGCGUUUGGGCGUUAAGCAUCGUUAGGUUUGUUAACAAUCUUGGUGUUCUGCGGCUGCAAUCUGGGAUUCUCAGGUCGAGGAAACUAAAAACGCGGAUCGUUU